UUCAGCACCUUCAAAGGCUUUGAAAUGUAGAGAGGGGUGAGGAGAUAUAGAGUGAAAAAGGGAGUUAAAAAGCGAGAAAACGCUAGCAGUGCUGUUAGCAGAGCAUUUUUACCAUUCUACACUGGGAAGAAGAGAACGAUAAAGGGAAAAAAGAGAGAGAACUUUAAUGAGCAAUUAAUUAGACUGACAUUAUUACAGUCUGAUUUAAUUUUUUUUUCAGGCCCUCUGGCUUAAUUAAGCCCUUUCUCUGUGUCACCCACUGCCUGAAUGUUCAAGUUGUUUUCAGUGAAAUUCUGUGUUCACAGGGGAGAAAAUGAGCGCUGGGAAGCUGAAGAGUGGUGGCACAAAGUGCAGGUAAGAUUAUUGUUCAUUUUCUUUUCUUUUUUUUAUUUCAAGCAGCUUGUGAUGAAAUUCACGGUUACAUAAAAGUUCAGGCACACAGUAGCAACAAAUUUCAAGCCCUUAAAAAAUCUCUUUUAUUGGAAGGUUCAUAUUCAUUUGAACCUUUUUCAUGCCUGUCAUUGACCGGGAGACAAAACAAUGUGCCAUUCAUUAUUUCCCACUGCUCAGACCUCUGACUUUUAUCCACUUAACACUUUGUUAAAGAAUGCUUAAUUCUCUUCAUGUGACACUGUUACCACGAGUGAUGGAGAGAAAUGAGGCCACAGAUUUCUUUCCCAUAUAUUUUUUAGAUUUUUUUUCAUUAGACUAAUAUAAUUCCAAGUAUUUGGCUGAAUAUUUACAGGGGAGGAAUAGAGACAGAUUUUUCUUCAUAUUUUUAAAAUGUGUACUUUUAUAAGUGGGUAUAGAAAUAUCUAUGUUACACCCACCACUUCUGUGUUAACCCUGUUGGUUGGACCACAUUUCAUCUAAAUAAGGAAAGGCUGGAUCCAGGCCAACCAUAUAACUAAUGCUAUUGUGCGCUGAUUGUCCCACAACACUACCCCCCAUCGAAUCCACUCAUUAAGUGCACUCAGCUGAUGGAAAAAAACACGGUUUCAGUAAACCUCUUAGAGGUCCCAACGGUUGCUCAACUAUUUCAACAUCACUCACAAAGAUGGAAGAUCGGCCUCUAAAGCCCUCAAAGCCUCAAAGACAAACUUUCACAUGCCAGCGAUUAUAGUCCAAACAGGAAUUGCCCACAUUCCCAAGUCUGCUGCCGUGCUGUACUUCAUCGCUGCAAGGACACUCAGGACUCGGCCAGAGAGGAGACAACAUCAACAGAGAUUACUCUGGACCCAGAGCUUCGCAUCGUGGUCAGUGUGGACAAGUCAACAAGAGAAAAAAUCUGAGGGACCAAAAAAGAAAGAAACAUUUUCAUCUUUCAAAUGGUCUGAGUAGAGUGAAGGUGAGCCAUGCCUGCAGAAGAGACAGGAGAGUCCUGAGGAGCGAUCAAACCAAACGGUAUCCUGUCAGCAGGUUUCUCCUCUUUUUUCCGCAUAUAAAUAAUUUUUAUACGUUCAUCUCGUCAGACCUGCACAAAGAGUUUUGGCAGGAAGAGGAACUAUUUUUUUAAAGCCUAUCAUGGACUCCUUGAUAGGAAGUCCUCGUAGGCGCUCAGACAGUCUGAGCAGCACAACAUCACAGGGCUCCAAGUCCAAGAUGCAGCUUCGACAGCGUUUGUUCCAACUGCUGAGCCGCAUAGAGGACAUGAGUUCAGAGGAUGAAGCCAGCGAGGAAGUGUCUCGCUCCCUGGAUGAUGCUUUUCAGCUCUGCGGAUGCUUGAUGCCCACAGAUUCAUUCAGGCUGCACAUGGUGACCUGGAAUGUGGCCACAGCCGAACCUCCUGAAGAUGUGACUUCUUUGCUGCAACUUGAUGUGCAGCCACCCACAGAUCUCUUUGUUAUUGGUCUGCAGGAAGUGAAUUCCACACCCAUCAGAUUUAUCUCAGACUUGUUGGUGGAGGACUCCUGGAGUCACACGUUCAUGGAUACACUGGCACCGAGAGGAUUCAUCAAGGUCACAUCAAUGAGGAUGCAGGGUUUGCUGCUGCUUGUUUUUGCCAAACAGCAUCAUCUGCCCUAUAUCAGACACAUCCAGACCACCUACACCCGCACUGGGAUCUUUGGCUACUGGGGUAACAAAGGAGGAGUGUCUGUACGUUUUACCUUCUACGGCCACACGGUGUGCUUCCUCAACUGCCACCUAGCAGCUCACAUGAACUACGCCCUGCAGCGUGUCGAUGAGUUUGAGCACAUACUGGAGACACAGGAAUUUGACAAUGCUGAUACUGCACAUGUGCUUGACCACAAAGCCGUGUUCUGCUUUGGUGACCUGAACUUUCGCAUUGCUGACCAUGGCCUGCACUUCCUUCGCUCAUCUAUCAACAGUGGACGGCUCAAUUUGCUGUGGACCAAAGACCAGCUAACCAUGAUGAAGAAGAACGAACCAUUCCUGCAAGAAUUUGAGGAAGGGCCGUUGAACUUUAAACCCACCUACAAGUUUGACCGAAACUCUGACACCUAUGACACCAGUGGCAAGAAGAGGAAACCAGCUUGGACAGAUCGCAUCCUGUGGCGCAUCAAACCCAAAACCCUGUCAUCAGAGGAUGAUGAGAAAACAUCUGUUUGUACUGAUGAUGAACAAGAUGAGUAUCCACUAGUGAUCACCCAGGAUAAGUACAACAGCGACAUGAGCUAUGGUGUCAGUGACCACAAACCUGUCACUGCGACAUUUACUCUGGAGCUGAGGAAAUACUUUGACACACCUUUGGUGCACAUCUCACCCAUUGGUGUGUGGAGCGCUGACCAGGAUGCCCUUCUCAACUACACGGUGCAGGAGGACUUCAUGUCCUCCACAUGGGACUGGAUUGGCUUGUACAAGGUGGGAUUUAAAAAUGCUUCUGAUUAUGAAACAUUUGUAUGGGUGAGGGAGAAGGAACUCCCAGAGACCAAUGAAGUCAUUGAGAUAUCUGUGGAUAAGGAUGAGAUCCCGCUGAUAAGUGGACAGUAUGUUUUGGGUUACUUUAGUACAAACAUGCAAAGCAUUAUAGGACUUAGUGCUAACUUCCAGAUCUUGGAAUCGAAGCGUGCUGUUAUGGAAGGUCUUAUUCCAGAGACAAUUAAUGGCCUGAACAAAUAAGACAUUUCCUGCAGUGCCACAUCGCAUUUGUCUUUGUGGAAGAGUUAAACAACACUGAGUCCGGUCUAAUUUUGCGAUUAAAUAUACAUCUUCACCUGCUCAAUAAGCUAAAUUUUGUGACACAUAACCUGAAAAAUGUGAUUUGUUUUUUUCCAACUAAUUGCUGUAAGUCUUAAGCCUUAUACCUGUUAUAAAUAAAAUAUCCAACUAUUCUAUUACUGUAAAGUAUGUGAUUUAAAAUUUUUGCUUUUAUAAAUAUUGCAGAAGGUCCUGAUAUUACAUCAAUUGUAGUAAUCAAAGCGAAGUGGUAAUCA